AUGGGCGAAAUGGAACAUUCCAACGUUCUUCCGGACAGGUUUGAUGCUGGCGGCUUAGUUAAGUUAGUCAGCUUCAGCGCCUGUUCUGCUGAGUCAUCCAAGUCCCUGAUACCAAACCCUUCUACGUUUAAGUUGGGGAGACUUUGGGACAACAAAUAUCACACCGAUGCAGAGUUUGGCAUCGCAAUCGUCGACUCCAAGGCCUGGGGGGCGGGGGCGGGGGCGGGGAAGAGAGGAGGCCUUCUUGACGUGCUCUUGAUUACGGGAUUAUCCUCCACUGAACUGGCUCUGGAAUUCGUGGAUGUCCUGUGCUGGCUACAGUUUUUGCGGUGGGGCUGGUACAUUUGCACUGCAAGGAUAGUUCCCAUGCACAAUCAACAGCCAUUCGCCAGAUACGGCUUCGAAAUCAUGAAACAAAAGAACAUUGGGGUCCUAUUUUGUCUAAAAUAUGCAAUUGCCCGUUUUCAUCCAAUACCGUUGCAUGAAAAUAGUACAGUCUCUUCAAUAUGCAAUCCGGGAUUGCCCCCGAAGAUAUAUCUAAAGCCAGAUGGCUAG